UCCACCAAAACCGGAGCCACAAUAACAGGAAGUGAGUUGUGGAGCAGCUGGACAUCGCAGGGUCUCUCACACACUCACACACACUCACACACACUCGCGGCGCUGGACGACAGACCCGACAUCAGCAUUCACACACAUUAUCUGUGGAUUAUUACAAACACUAACAGACCUGAGAGGAUUCACAGUUCAAUGAUGAUACACUGCUCUGGGACGCGAGCGCUCAGGACUUUUCUCUGGACUGUGUUUCUGCACCUUAUUUUCACCACAGCUGAAAAUGUUAAAGACAUUUCAGCGUCCUCUGUCCUACAGAGACAGAAACGAGAGUGGCAGUGGAACAUGUUGAUCGUGUAUGAGGAAAAACCACCUCAGUUUCCCCCGGAGGUGAUCGGCAAGCUGAAGAACACUUACUUCAAUGAAAGCAAGGGCAGGAACGUGGAGUUUAGGCUCUCGGGAGAAGGAGCAGGAGACAUCUUCACCGUGAACGAGUUCGGAGAUGUACUCGUGUUGAAGAAGUUGGAUCGGGAAAAAAUCAGCAGCUACAAGUUAACAGCACAAAUCAUAAAUACUCAGAAUGGAAAAGAGCUUGAAGGGCAGUCUGAGUUCACCAUAAAGGUCCAGGACAUUAACGACCACGCACCUGAGUUCUCAGAGCCUUACAGCGGGUCUGUAGAUGAACGAGCACCGACAGGAACCGUGGUGAUGAAGGUGCGAGCGACUGAUAAAGAUGACCCGAGCUCUCCGAAUGGCAUGGUGACCUACACACUGGUGAACGCAACCAACGUCUUCAACAUUAACCACAGAACAGGUGAAAUUACCACUAAAAAUAAUAAUCUGGAUCGUGAGACUCAGAGUGAGUAUAAGGUGAUGGUGCAGGUUUGGGACACGCCUGGGUCAGCAGGAGGACUGUCAGCAAGCACUUUGAUUACCAUCAAUAUCAACGACCUUAAUGACAACCAGGCUGAGUUCUCCAAACAAAGGUACCACUUUGAUGUGAAUGAGGAUGAGCCUGUGGGGUUCAUACUCGGAACACUGGCCAUCCGAGACCAUGAUGAGAAACAGAAUAAAAGGCCCUCGUUUACUGUAGAGCGUUCAUAUCAAGACAUCUUUGAUCUGGAGCACAAUGACAAUUACGAUGGAGUUCUCAAACUGAAGAAGGAACUCGACUACGAGACCAAGGCGAGCUACACAUUUACCGUAAAUCUUAAAGAGAAUGUUGUCCCAAAUGCAGACAACAGCAACGCCUGGACGACCGCACAAAUCCACAUCAACGUUAAAGACAUUGAAGAGCUGCCGGUCUUCUCCCAGAAAGAGUACAACUUCAGUGUUCAUGAGGGACAGAAAAAUAUCAUUGUGGGAUCAGUUUCAGCCAGAGACACAGACAAGACCAACCACAGGAUACGGUACAGCAUUACGGAUCCUGACAGUCCAGUGAACAUUAACAGUGAGACAGGACAGCUGACUCUGAAGACCGAACUGGACCGAGAACUCCAGAAUGUUUACAUGUUCCAAGUUACUGCAGAGGAAGAAUCGAGCAUGAAACUGAAAUCUUAUGUGAUGGUCAAAAUAAUCGUCCUGGACAUCAAUGACAACGAGCCAAAGCUAGCUGAUUCCUCAAACGUGUACAUCUGUGAGAAUGACGAGAGUGAAACCGUUAUUGGUGUCAUUAGCGCUACAGACCUGGAUGAGAAUCCUGGCAGAUUUCAUUUCACUCUCACAGGAAAGAGUUCAAACUUCUCCCUUCAUGACAAUCAAAAUAACACAGCCAGCAUCAUCCUGACUCAAGGAGGUUUCAACACUAAGGGUUCAGCGGAGAACAUUCUGGAGGUUGAGAUUACAGAUGGAGGAAAUCCACCAAUGAAAAGCAUCUCACUUCUUAAGCUGCCAGUGUGUGUGUGUGGGAGCGAGAGACGACGCGAAUACUGCAGAGCCUACAGCAAGUCAGGCGUCAGCAUGAGCGCUAUCAUCGCCAUCCUGCUCUGCAUCGUCACCAUCCUUGUGAUCGUGAUUCUCUUUGUGCUGCGUAAACGCUAUGAGAAGGAGUCUCUUAUCACUCUGGGAAAGCCGUCUGGUGAGAUUCAUGAGCAGCUCGUGGCGUAUGAUGAAGAAGGUGGAGGAGAAAUGGACACCAACAUAUACGACGUCUCCAUCCUGACCUCAGCUCGCUCAGACGGCCGACUCGGUCACGAUCCUCCUCCCGCCAUGUACGCCGUGGUGAAGAAGCCCUCAGCCUGUAAAGGGGACAUGGCCGUGAUGAUCGAGGUGAAAAAAGACGAGGCGGAUCACGACCGAGACGGAAUUCCCUACGACACACUGCACAUCUACGGCUAUGAGGGGGCCGAGUCCCUCGCCGGGUCACUGAGUUCACUCGAAUCGGCUUCUUCCCUCGGAUCCGACCUCGACUACGAUUUUCUGAACGACUGGGGACCUCGAUUCAGGACACUCGCACAGAUAUACGGCUCUGAAGCGAACACCUCGUACUGAUCUCUGGUCCUGGAGACCAAAACCCAGCAUCAGAGAAGGAAAGGAUGAUGUUUGAGUUAAUUCAGGAAAAAUGACAUCAUCAUCAUUAUUAUUAUUAUUAUUAUUAUUAUUAUUAUUAUUAUUAUGUCCCAUCCUUAUAGCAGCUUAUUUGAUUUUUUACCUGAUUAUAUUUUGAUAUUUCAGCUCCAGAUGCUGAUCCCAGAGUGUUAGUUAUCCUCAUAAGUAAUACAUUAACACUUCUUACUCUUUAGGAUGAAUCUCACAUUCUGCGUGUUGGUGUUUGUCAGCGUCUCCACGCUAACGACAGGUUUAUACACCUUGUCCUGAGAGGUUCUAGAGCAGUUCGUAUCGUUCUUCUGUCCAUCUUGUGUUUUGUAUCAGGUCAUAAAUCAGAUGUUCAGCUCA